AUGAGUAUGUGGCUAGUGUCUGUCCCGAAUGAGAAUAACAACUCAUCUGAGAUGACUUUUCUAUCGCUUAAGGCAGUAACUGCUUCUAGUCGUCAUGAUUAUGCUGAAUGCGUUCGUGUGGAGCUACCAUCAGAUCUUCUUGUAGGAACACUGGACUCUCUUAUGGCUCUGAGUGAUGAGUUGAGCCGUGUAGAUAUGGUUGUUGAGAGUGUUGUGCGCAAGAUUGAGCGUCAAUUUCGCGAACUAAAUAAAAGCGACCAAGUACUGACAGUAGAUGGAGUGCCGGUGGAGCGCUAUUUGAGCUUUUUCUCCUGGGACGAGGCCAAGCAUCCUCACCGUCGACCACUGCCGGAGAUUGUGAGCAUUAUACAGUCGUCAGUUGGCAAGAUUGAAGAGGAGUUGAAGCAAUUGAGCACACAUUUUGCCGAGAAGAAACAACAGCUUAAUGGUUUGCAGCGUAAAAAGGGAGGCAACCUGAUGGUGGCAAAUUUAAACGACGUGCUGACGCCUGACAUCGUCUCCACAACCGACUUUCUCAACACCGAGUACCUGCAGACGUUGGUGGUGGUCGUGCCAAAGAGCUUAGAAGAGCAGUGGUUGCUGGAAUAUGCACAGAUCGGCGACCAAAUUGCAGAGUAUGGCCCUAGUAGCUCUCGUGGUAAUGUGCGAGGGCCUCCAGUGGUGCCUGGGUCAUCGCGCAAAUUAAUGGAAGAAGGUGACUCCGCCGUUUACACGGUGACGCUGCUGAAAGGCCAAUAUCAACCGGGGUUUGUGGACAAGGAAGGCAACUAUGAGCCUGGAACCACUUUGGACUACAUUGAAGAUUUUAAAAAGCGGGCCAAGGAGAAGCGGUUUAUUGUGCGGGAGUUUAACUUCGACCCUACAAGCCACGCGUCCAACGAAGAAGCUAUAGCCGAGAUGGAAGUAGAGGUGGAUCAGCUGUGGUCUGCGCUCAUUCGUUGGUGCAAGGCGCACUUUGGAGAGACAUUCAUUGCAUGGAUGCACAUUAAGGUCAUUCGUGUCUUUGUAGAGUCCGUGCUUCGCUAUGGCCUGCCCGUAAACUUUGUUAUUCUAAUGUACAAGCCCCACGACGGCAAGGAAAAGAAGUUGCGCUCCAUGUUGUCAAAGAAAUACGCGCAUUUACAGCCGGCACAGUUCUCUGGUCUUGAAGAGGGCACUUCAGGUUCAUCACAAGUUGAGUAUUUUCCGUACGUCACAAAUUCCUUCCACCCGCUUAGCAUGACGUAG